CAUUUUUGCUGUUGUAGAUAAUAAUUUCAAAUCACGAAUUGUUGCACAGACAAUAUUAUCCAAUGAGACAAGUAAAAGUUAUAGAUGGGUUCUACAGCAAACAAUUGAAGCUACAGGAGUUCAGCCCGGAGCUUUUAUGAUUGAUGCAGAUCUAGGCCUUGAAAGUGUUGUUUCUGAAAUAUACCCUGAUACCUACCUCUCUAUUGUGUUUGGCACAUUGGGCGUAAUAUUGAAAAGCAGCUUGCAAAGCUUCUUGCUUGAUCCACGUAAAACAACCUGGGCAAAAGCAUUUACAGGUCAGGUUUUUAAAGCAGAGAUAAUGUCUACCCAACGAUUUGAAUCAAUAAACGAAGAACAAUUUGCUGGUUGGUUUGCAGCUUGGCGUGAAAAGAUAGUAUUAUAUAUGACACCAAGUUUACAUACUGAUCAAAUGAAUGAGGCAGUAAUAUAUCAUAGCAAAAGGAUUAGUUUUGAGGAUCUAUAUAAUUUAACAUUAGAGGUUGUUGAUAAUAGGGCGAUUGAAUUUGAGUAUGAUUUCCAUCAGAUACAGUUUGACGAACUUCUUGAAGGGGUUGAUUAUUCCUUAGUUGCUGAAUCUGAAAAGGCCUAUUUUCAUAUUUUUCUUAUUCCAAGACGUUGGUACAAAGAUGAAUUUAUAGACGCGGUGGUUGCUGAUGAGCUAUUUGUUAGAAAAAAAUCAUUAGAAAAAAACAGUUUAACACCAUCCUUACCUUCUUUUCCAGAUGUUGCUGAUUUAUGGAAUAUUAUGCUUAUUGAACCUCUUGUACAAACUGCAGCGAAAGUGAUUGGCCGCAAACAAUCAAUUAAAGGAACAUUGCUUGGACUUGCCUGUAAAUGUGUAGAAGUAGUUAAUUAUGAUGAUUUAAAUGAUUCAAAGAUUUUAAUGGAAAUAUUUAAGAAAUGGAUACACACUCAUGAGAAAGCACAAUACGACAAACGAACUAUAGAACAGGAACUGAAUGAUGAUCAAAUUGCAGAAAAUAAUCAAGAUAUAGAGAGUGAUCAAGAUACAGCGAGUGAUCAAGAUACAGAGAAUGAUCAAGAUAUUGGAACGAUACAACUAGAUGUUCAGGAUCCAUUUAAAUAUAUUGGGAAAGGGCACCCUCCAAAAAGUGUAUAA